CGUGCUGCUGCAGCAGUUGUUCUGGCCGUGCUAGUCAGUGGGAGCAUUGUGCUUGCCUUCUACCUGGGAGAGAUUGCCAAACAACCAAAGUCUCCCCAUGAAGUUUCGGAGUCCACCAAUGAUGAGUAUGAGGAGGCGCUCCUGGAGCUUGUUGGUGGGAUCAACUGUACUGAGGUCACCGAGGCUCUGGAGAAGUUGAAGCAGGGAGAGACGGAUGUCCUGGGGUCAGCGGUGGACGUCAGCCGACAUGUGGAGUUCAAGGAGUACCUGCGAGGUCGUGCAUCAGAGAUAAAGUGUGAGGUUGAUGAAAGCUACUUUUUCGGACACAAGGGUGAAUCCGACUCAGAAGAGAGCAGGGCUAAGCGUAGCUGGUUUCGCUACUGCCCCACACGCUGGGUUGGAGAUGGGUGGUGUGACCCGGGCUGCAACACUGCUGGGUACCGCUAUGAUGACGGAGACUGUUGUCCUGACACAUGUGGCGCCAGGCGACGUCGCUACAGGUGUGGAAUUGCUGGGUAUAACUGUCACCAGGGCCAGAGCGGUCCCCCUGCUGCGUUUACCUCUACAACCCGACUGUGUUACCGCUGGUACCCGGACGGGGAUGGCGGACAGUGCGGAGGAGGAGCAGCUCGCCAACUCUGCGCCAGUGUUGACCAGAUGACCCCGUAUUACAGGGACGACACCGACAACCGUGGGGGAGGCUGCCGGAUGAGCUGGAGGAUCGAGUCCAGCUACCAGUACAGUGCCUCGUGGUUCAGAAACGUGCAGCUGUGCUACCGAUGGUACGCAGAUGGGGAUGGUGGGCAGUGUGGGUCUGCUGGCGGCGGCGGACCCAACGGUGAAUUCUGCGCUGCCGUGAAUCAGUGGACAACUUACUACCGGGAUGAUACUGAUCGGCGUGGUGGUGGGUGUCGCAUGUCGUGGCGGCUGAAGCUUCCAUACAACGCCCCGUCCUGGGCCCGUGAUCUGAACCUGUGCUACUACUGGUACCCCGACGGAGACGGCGGUCAGUGUGGGGGAGGGGUCAGCCGCCAGCUGUGUGCACGGGCCAACAGCUACACACCGUACUAUCGUGACGAUACCGACAAUCGUGGUGGUGGCUGCCGCAUGUCCUGGGGGAUCAAACUCAACUAAUCUGAUGUACCGGGCAGACAUCACAGUUCAGAACUCACAUUAAUUUUUAUUCAAUUAUUUUCUAUGUCUAGCUGGGGUGAGAUGAAAAUUUAAACCGAAAUGACCUCAAAUGCUUUGAUAUCCUGUCUUCUUUCUUUAUCAAAAGAAAAUCAACAUUCAUGCACCCAGUGCUGAUCAAGUGAUCCAGAAUUUCUCCUCACGCCAACUUAAAAUUUUUUAAAGCUUUCUAGAAUACUUACGGUCAUGUUUUCUUUCACACAGAACUGCAAUGUCUGCCUUACAUUCCAGAGAAAUAAAAAGUUUUGCCCUGUUUGAAUCUGUAUUCAAUCAAGAAUGUCUGUCAUUGGUGUGUUUGCUGCUUAUUAUGCAUGACCUGUUCUUGUUUUUUACUAUUGAGGGCUUUCACAAACAUUGUAACAUAUUAGCUGAUUGCUUUGAAAUACUUAAAUGUUUAAGGUUAUGGCUUCAUUGUUCUAUGCUGUUGGUGUGAAUCUUUCAUAAAUCCUACAGGGAAUUUGUAUUUGCUGGGAGAAGGACACACUGUUAUCUUUAAUGUUAAUUGAUUCAUAUGGAUAGAUUUGUUAUCUUUGUGACAACUUUUAUUUAUCUCAUAAUAAUCCUUGACAAUCUUACCAAAUACAUGUAACUUUUGGGAUAUUGAGAAUUUCUCGGUGUUAAUAUUUAAUCUGAUUUUUCAUAAAUACUGGUGACUAGAAG